UACAUAUAUGUGUGCUUAACUACUUUUAAAUAUUUUAAAUCAGCGAAUAGUUACCUAAAGCGCCUGCGCGAUGUACACUAAGCUUAUCUCAUUAAUCUAAUCGUGCCAUUUAAAUUGAAACUCUGGAUCCGCGUACACUGUGCGGUCAAAAACAGUUGGUCGUCGAAGCCGCAAACAAACGGGAGUGUGUCCAAUUCUCUCUCUCUCUCUUGUCAUUCGCCUGCAGUUGUAACCUAUAAAAUUACGUCGACUCAUCAUGACUUCGCAGUUGUUGCCCGGUAAUAUCGUUUUUGGAGGCCCCAUUCCCAGCCAGGUGGCACAGAGCUAUCGCUCCCUGGGACAAUAUGUGUUGGAUCAGUACAAGAGCUUUGGUGACCAGACGGUGAUGAUUGAUGCGGUAUCUGGCACUGAAUAUAGUGCAAAGUUCAUGUAUGAUUCGAUUGUGAGAUUGGCACAAAUCCUACAGAAACUGGGUGUCAAGCAUAACGAUGUCGUUGGACUGUCCAGUGAGAAUAGCGUUGGAUUUGCCAUUGCCAUGUUUGCGGGCUUUGCAGUGGGUGCCACUGUGGCGCCCUUGAAUGUCACGUAUUCGGAUCGUGAGGUGGAUCAUGCCAUAAACCUGUCGAAACCAAAGGUUAUAUUCGCCUCAAAGAUUACCGUGGAUCGUGUUGCCAAGGUGGCCAAAAGCAAUAAGUUUGUCAAGGCCAUCAUUGCACUCAGCGGCACCUCGACCAAUCAUCCCAAUGUGCAUUCCUUCUCGGAUCUCAUGAACAAUGACAAGUUCAAGACGACUCCCGAUUUUACAACGCCCAAGGCGAACAAAACUGAGGAUGUGGCAUUGAUUGUCUGCUCCUCGGGCACCACGGGGCUGCCCAAAGGUGUCCAGCUGACCCAGUUCAAUCUCCUGGCCACCCUCGACUCCCAACUGCAACCUACCAUGGUUCCUCUCAAUGAGAUAACCCUGCUGACAGUCAUUCCAUGGUUCCAUGCCUUUGGUUGCCUCACGCUCAUCACAACUGCGACAAUGGGAACACGUCUGGUCUACUUGCCCAAAUUCGAGGAGAAUCUCUUCCUCUCCGCCAUUGAGAAAUAUCGUGUGAUGAUGGCAUUCAUGGUGCCACCAUUGAUGGUCUUCCUGGCCAAGCAUCCCAUUGUGGACAAGUAUGAUCUGUCCUCGUUGAUGGUUCUGCUGUGCGGUGCUGCGCCGCUUAGCCGUGAAACUGAGGAUCAGAUCAAGGAGCGCAUCGGUGUGCCCUUCAUCCGUCAAGGAUAUGGAUUGAGCGAGUCCACGUUGAGUGUGCUGGUGCAGAAUGAUGAUUUCUGCAAACCUGGCAGCGUUGGCGUCCUCAAGGUUGGCAUCUAUGCCAAGGUUAUUGAUCCCGAUACGGGCAAACUCUUGGGUGCCAAUGAACGUGGUGAACUUUGCUUCAAAGGUGAUGGCAUCAUGAAGGGCUACAUUGGCGAUACAAAGUCCACACAGACGGCGAUUAAGGAUGGCUGGCUGCACACUGGUGACAUUGGCUACUAUGAUGAUGAAUUCGAAUUCUUUAUUGUGGAUCGCAUUAAGGAGCUGAUCAAAUACAAGGGCUUCCAGGUGCCACCAGCUGAAAUCGAAGCAUUGCUCUUAACCAACGAUAAGAUCAAAGAUGCUGCCGUCAUUGGCAAACCCGACGAAGAGGCUGGUGAACUGCCCAUGGCAUUUGUGGUCAAGCAGGCGAAUGUGCAACUCACCGAGGAUGAUGUCAUACAAUUUGUGCAAGAGCGUGCUUCUCCAGCCAAGCGUAUUCGUGGUGGUGUCAUUUUCAUCGAUGAGAUACCCAAAAAUCCCAGUGGCAAAAUAUUGCGACGUGUUCUACGCGACAUGUUGAAGAAGCCAAAGUCCAAGUUGUAAACUAUUUAAGCGUAGCAAAUCAUUUGUUGUACAAAUUUUAUAAAUUUUCCAUUACGCUUUAUUAUUACAUAUUACUAAACUAUGGUUUUGUUUUCAAUGUGUGUUUUAUAAACUACCAACUGGUUGGAUUGUGUUUAAACUUUAAAUAUAGAUUUAUACUUGUCUUGUA